AUGCAACACUUCAACACCGUCCUGGCCCUCGCUGCUGCAGUGUCAGCUGUCGAUAUCAAAUCGCACGGCGAGUCACACUGCAAAGGGGUUACCCACACGUAUGUGAACGCCAACCCCAACAAGUGCUAUGGCCUUGGCGGUACAUCCUGGGCUUGGUCGUUCAACGCUAUUCCCACAAACUGGAAUCUGGAAACUCGAACUCACAAAGAUGGAUACUGCAAAACGUUAGUUCACGCCUGGAACUCGAAUGGCGCAAGCACGGUGUGCCAUGGCGCAGCCGUAAACAACCUGAAGUACACGGGUGCUGGAUACAGUUUUGCCAAUAAGAAGAGGUCGGAAGACACUGUUUUCAACAGCGAAGACUGCAUCUGGAAGCCUGACCUUUUGACGCUGAAGGAUGGCACAACAUACAUGCUUACGGAUGUUGAGGACGAAACCGUGAAGAUCAUACUCGCAUAUGGUGACAACACCACGAUUGCCGAAAACAUGCCAAACCUGUUCGACAAGUACAUUACACAGGAGCGUCGCUGA